CUACAAUAUGCAAGUUGUUUGUUAACAUUGAUCUGGAAAAAUGAACACGAGUGAGAAGAAAACAGAAGAAACAAAUCCCACAGAAGCUGAAGAGACAGAGAUCGUGACUUUUAAGUCACUGGGCAUUGUUGAUGUUCUCUGUGAGGCCUGUGAACAAUUAAAAUGGAAAGCCCCAACAAAAAUCCAGAGAGAAGCUCUUCCAGUUGCUUUGCAAGGUUCAGAUGUCAUUGGAUUAGCAGAGACUGGUUCAGGAAAAACAGGAGCAUUUGCCUUACCCAUUUUACAGACACUGCUUGAUAACCCCCAGAGACUCUAUGCUCUUGUCCUUACUCCUACAAGAGAGCUGGCUUUCCAAAUUUCUGAACAGUUCGAGGCUCUUGGGGCAUCAAUUGGAAUCAAAUGUGCUGUGAUUGUCGGGGGAAUUGAUAUGAUGACACAAGCUCUAAUGCUGGCUAAAAAACCUCAUGUUGUCAUAGCAACCCCAGGAAGAUUAGUUGACCACCUAGAAAAUACAAAGGGAUUCAACUUAAGGUCUCUCAAAUAUUUGGUCAUGGAUGAAGCUGAUAGAAUUCUCAAUAUGGAUUUUGAACAAGAGGUUGAUAAAAUCCUGAAAGUUAUACCAAGAGAGAGAAGAACUCUGCUGUUUUCUGCCACAAUGACAAAAAAGGUUGCAAAAUUACAAAGGGCAUCUCUGCAGAACCCAGUGAGAGUUGAAGUAUCAUCAAAAUACCAAACAGUGGACAAACUCCAACAGUACUACCUUUUUAUACCUGUGAAAUUCAAGGAUGUCUACUUGGUGUACAUUUUGAAUGAGUUGGCUGGUAACUCCUUCAUGGUGUUCUGUAGUACCUGCGCUAACACACAGAGAGUGGCACUAAUGUUACGCAACUUGGGACUUACUGCAAUUCCACUCCAUGGACAAAUGAGCCAGUCGAAACGACUUGGAGCUUUGAAUAAAUUCAAGAGCAAAAACAGAUCCAUUCUUAUUGCCACAGAUGUAGCAAGCAGAGGUCUUGACAUACCACAUGUUGAUGUUGUUUUGAACCUUGACAUCCCAACACAUUCUAAAGACUACAUCCACCGAGUUGGUAGAACAGCAAGAGCUGGCCGUUCUGGGGUCGCCAUCACCUUUGUUUCACAGUAUGAUGUGGAGCUGUACCAGAGGAUAGAACACCUGAUCGGUAAGAAGCUGCCGCUGUAUAAAACAGAGGAAGAGGAAGUGAUGCAACUGAUGGAACGAGUAACGGAGGCACAGAGAUUCGCCAAAAUGGAAAUGAAUGAGACAGAACGAGGAAGAAAGAAGCGUAAGAAUGACGACGAAGAAGCUGACGACACAGAGGAAGCCCUGGGAGUGCGGAAAAAAUUCAAAAAGAAAAAACACAAAUCCUGAUUGUUCUUAUGUAUAUAUGUUAAUUAAAACCAUUGUUAUAGUUUAA